AUGGCUCCCUCCAUCGCAGAACUUUCGUCAUCUUCCUCGACUCCUGUCACGGAAGUUCCUGUGUCCACCACUUCUGCGCUGGCGGAAGAACGACCUUCGAAAACCUCUACAGUUUCAACAUGGCAAGCUAUCGCUAGUCGUCGCCAAAAAGAGAUUUUCUCUUCUAUUCCCUCGGAAUGGAUUCUUCCAGCAGACCUUCUCAAACCUAAACGUCCUCUUGAUUUAGUAAAAACGUGUGGUUUGUUGAAUGAGAGAGAAGUAAAGAUUGUGUAUAGUACUGCGGUGGAUUUGCUGGAGAAAAUGAGAACGAGAGAGUACACAGCUGUGGAAGUUACAACGGCGUUUUGUAAAGCGAGCGCUGUUGCUCAUCAAGCGACAAACUGUCUCGCCUGGACCAUGUACCCCAGCGCCCUCUCCCACGCCGCCAAACUCGACGCCCACAUGACCCAAACCGGAUCUCCCAUCGGACCCCUCCACGGUCUACCCAUCUCCGUAAAAGAACACAUCUACCUCAUCGACACACCCUCCACAUCCGGUUUCGUAGGCUGGGCCGAUAACUUCUGCACUUCCCCCUCCCAAGAAGGAAUGUGCAUCCAAGUCCUCCGCAACAGCGGCGCAGUAUUCCACGUCAAAACCACCAAUCCCCAAGGACUCAUGGCUCUCGAAACAUGCUCGAAUCUCUAUUCCACCACUACCAAUCCUCUGAAUACCUUUCUCUCCCCCGGUGGUUCAUCAGGUGGCGAAUCCGCACUCGUAGCCAUGCACGGCUCGAUUCUCGGAAUCGGCACCGACAUCGGAGGAAGUAUUCGCAGUCCCGCGCUCAGCUGCGGUAUCUACGGUCUCAAACCCAGUGUGGCGCGACUUCCGCAUUCCGGGCUCUCGGGCGCAUACGAUGGCAUGGAAAGUGUGAUUGGGGUUAUCGGACCCAUUGCUACGUGUUUGGCAGAUGUGGAAUUAUUCUGCAAAACGCUUUUGGAUGCGCAGCCUUGGAGAGGAGAAGUCGGAUUACUUCCUAUCCCAUGGGGAUGUCGCGAAGGUGUUGCUGCUGAGAAGGAAGAAAAUAGGAAAUUGAAAAUCGGUAUCAUAUAUACCGAUGGAGUACACACGCCUCAUCCACCCAUCACCCGUGUGCUGCACACCGCAGAAUCCACACUCAAAGAAGCAGGGCACGAAAUUAUUCACUUCCCCACACAUCUCCACGCUCCUCUCAUCUCCACCGUUGACGCGAUGUAUCUUCUCGACGGGGGCGCCGAAUAUCUCUCUCACCUGUCUCUGACCUCCGAACCUCCAACCUCCUUACUCCAAUGGCUUUUAGAAAAGAAAACCACGAAAAACCGCACCAUUGCCGAACAGUGGAAAUUGCAUAAAGAGAGAAAUAGAAUCCAAGACGCAUAUGCGAAAUUGAUGUUGGAGACGGGGGUAGAUUGUAUCAUAGCGCCAGGAGGUGUAACGGUAGCGAAUGCACAUGAAGAGGCGAAGUAUUGGGGGUAUACUAGUGUGUUUAAUGGGUUGGAUUUACCGGUUGCGUGUUUGCCUGCUGGGGAGGUGGAGGAGGGAGAUGUGUGGGAUGGGAAUGAGGGUGGGAAAACGGAUAUGGAAGCUCUUUGGGGACCUGGGAAAAAAGGCGCGCAGAAAUAUGAGGGAGGAAGCGUGGGAUUACAGAUUGUUGGGAGGAGAUUGGAGGAGGAAAAAUUGUUGAAAAUGGUUAGGAUAAUUGAGAAGGAUUUGGGAUUACCUGGGUCGAGCUAG